AAAAUUAUAGUAUUGAUUAAACAAUGGACCCCUUUAAAGUGCCAAAAAAGGUGAACCGUAAUGUUCUCAAGGCUUUCUCCACCCUCCAAUCGUCACGAACCGAUUUUAUUCGCGUUGUUGAUAUAACUAACCAGGUAAAGAUCCAAAUGCGCAAUUGCGUACCGGUUGCCGAUGUAGAAGGAGCUGUAAAGGAGUCUCUGUGCAACAUGACCAAGCUGGGGAUCCUAAAACGUCUUGGACCGGCCAAGUAUGGACUUAGCUGUCCAGUUUAUGUCCGUCUGGGAAGGGCUCUGCCUAAUCCAACAACAAAUGUACCUGGUAAUCCUGGUACACCAUUGCGACGCGCUGUUCAGAAUGCCCGUCGCAAGCCGAGUUUCGGAAAUUUGAAUCCAUGGAGGCCGGCCACGAAGAUGUUAAGUGAAGAAUCUCUAUCUGGCAAUGAGAUGGACAAGACUCGUAAGAGAAUGCGCAGCAACACCAAGAAGAUUCACAAGCAGAAAAAAGAAGUCGCCCUUCCGCGACAAGGUCCCAAACAGGCCAAAGGCUUCCAGAACCAGAAAUUUAAUGGGAAGGAGGUGAUCAAUAAUAGGAUCAAGGAUGCAAAACCAGGAUCAACUACUACAGCUACUUCGGUUGAAGUUGGUACUUCUUUGCCUGCUGGAAACUGGAAACCACGAAUUCUUCAGGACUUGCCAGCAGUCGUUUGUGACGAAUGUCGCCAUGCCUUUCCCAUAUUAUCCCGGCACUAUGUCAGCCAGUCGAGUUCAACGAGUACGUUAUGUUGCAAUACUCCUAUUGGCUUGAGCGUUAGGCCGACAGGGUACUCAUCUGGAGAGGAAUCCGACGUAGCAAAUGCUUCCGUGCUCGGGCUCUGUGGCAGUCCCUUUCGCUUGCGCAUGGAACAGUCCUUAUCGCCCAGUUACGUCGAGAAUGAAGAGAGAUUACCAAUUUUUCAAGGAGACUCAAUAUUCGAUGGAGCGCAAAGGGGAACAUGUCAGGAACCUAGUUCAAAUACCCAAGAAUUCCAGCCAAUUAAUGUUUUUCAAGAUAAGCCAAAUUCAAUAUCUGAAAAUAACGAUAAUAUUUCAUGUUUAGCAGAAACAAACAGCUUUAAUUCCCCAAAUUUAUUGCCAGUUCCCUUGGAUGUUCAAGGAUCAAUAUCUAAAGAUGCUUCGAGCCCUUUAAAUAUGAAUAGAUCUAUUUCCCAAGGAUUCAUAUCUACUAUCGCCCAAGAAAACUUAAAUUUGACCGGUGAAGACGUCAAAAUUGUAAAGUCUUUAAAUAUCCAAACAGAACAACCGUCAAACUCUGCAAAAUCUGCGCCGAAGUGCGUCUGAAUAUGACUUUUAUAAAUGAUUUUGAAUUUAAUAAAACUAAUCGAGUACCCGCGCC